CUGUCAUGAUUUUGAUCCGAAUCCACGAUUAGAUCUUUUGAGGAAAUAGUUUUGUUUUGUUCGAUUUAUGAUCGGUGGUGGAUCUAUUGAUUCCUUGCUUGUUUUCUCUUUGGGUUUAUCACUCUUUUGAAGCUGCUUUGCUUUGACCUUUUUAGUGGGAUUGAGAUCUAUUUUUGAUCACAAAAGGAUACACACUAUGGCCAAAGGAGUUGCAGUUUUGAACAGCAGCGAGGGUGUUAAGGGGACUAUCUUCUUCACCCAGGAAGGACAAGGUGUGACCACUGUGACUGGAACAGUUUCUGGCCUUAAGCCUGGUCUUCAUGGUUUCCAUGUCCAUGCUCUUGGUGACACCACUAACGGUUGCAUGUCUACUGGUCCACAUUUCAACCCUGAUGGUAAAACACACGGUGCCCCAGAGGAUGCUAAUCGACAUGCUGGCGACCUAGGAAACAUCACUGUUGGAGACGAUGGAACUGCCACCUUCACCAUCACUGACUGCCAGAUUCCUCUUACUGGACCAAACUCUAUUGUUGGAAGGGCUGUUGUUGUCCACGCAGACCCUGAUGACCUCGGAAAGGGAGGACACGAACUCAGCUUGGCUACCGGAAACGCAGGCGGCCGUGUUGCCUGUGGUAUCAUUGGUCUCCAGGGCUAAAGCUUUUCUGUUUCCAAAGAAGAGAUUGAUGUAAUAAGGAGGUCCAACUGGUUUGGUAAUGUUUGUGUAUCUUUUGGUGUGUGGCUAUAACUUUCUGAGCUUAGUUGCUCAAAGCAUUUGUAGUUCAGACAGAAAACAGAGAAAAUUCCGUACUUUUACCAUUUAAUGAAUAAAAGAGAGAGUUGGUUUAACAGUGA